AUGUCAAAAUCGAAGGGAGCUAAGGAAUCGCUGAAAGCUAUAGUAGCUUCAGUCAAGGCUCAGAAAUACGAUGACGCUGUACAAGAAGCUCAGAACCUGCUGGCAUCGGAUCCCAAGAACUACCAGGCGUCGAUAUUCCUGGGAUUCUGCUACAGCAAACAGAACAAGCUCGCAGAAGCCGAAACGGCAUACGAUGCUGCAACGAAGAUCAAAGACUCCGAUCCACAAGCCUGGCAAGGGCUCAUCCAACUGUAUGAGAAAGGAAGCAACCAGAAACUUCCUGCAUACUUUACCGCAGCCUUGAGAUUAGCCCAAAUUUACGAAGCUGCAGACGAUAAGUAUAAGUGUCAGUCUGUGGUGGAUGCGUUCCUCUUGUUCGCCAAAAGCCAAGGCACGCGGCUUCAAUACAAGAAAGCCCAGGAGAUAGUUCUUCCUACAAGUCCAAUCUACAGCUACCUGGAGGGCAGAAUCCCACAUCCCGCCCAUACGUACCAGAUCAUAGCACAGAUCACCGAAUUUGAAGAGAAGGAGCGGAUCAACACGCAGAUUGGUGAGCGAAGAACCAGACUCGGUGCUAAAAUUGGCCAGGUCACUGCUGAAGUCAAGCGGGAGGUGUUGAAGGACAGUGAUUUGGAGGAUAUCUACGAGCAGAUUAUUGACUGGAGCAAUGAGGAUGAGAUCCGGCGGCAAUAUGAGGAGAAGCUUAUACAGAGAUGUGUCGAGGCACUAACUGUGCUUCCUCCUGGCCAAGACAAAAUUGAGAAGCGCAACAAGGCUAUAAAGCUGGCCACUGACAUGGUCAUUAUAAAGCACCCUUAUAAGCUGGCAUGGGACAUUGCAAUUGAAUGGAAAGAUGCCGAGAACAUCCGAGAUCUGGAUGUCACUGUGCUACGAGAAUAUUACGCCUUUUUUCCCACUGCCGGUCUUGCCCAGGUUUUACGAGGAUUCUUAAGCAGCGAGAUAUCACCCUUUCCACCGCCACCCCCUCUUGCACAUAAAUUUGAAAUGGCUGGGUCUGACGAGAGUGAAGAUGAUGACGACGACAGUGGAGGGGUAUCUCUGGAUGGUCCUAUGCCAGCCGAGGAUCGUCUACUUCUGAUGUCUGACGGGAUGGCAGACGCAGGAAAGUCGAUUCUUGCACACAGACUGAUGGGUGAGUACUAUCAGUUCCUCGAAGAAUACGAGACUGUCGCAGAUCUCAUGCGAAAUGGCCGAAGGCUAGUAGAGGAAGAGUCCAGCAAAACUGCCUUGAAGUUCGAACACUCUUCUGAUGCAAUGACUGCCCUCCUGGGUACUGCUCUUGUUUACUACCAAUCCCCCAAAAACCACCUAGAAGCUAAGACAUUGUUCGAUGGUCUCCUGGAGCGGAAGCCUACGUCGACGCCAGCUUUGAUUGGUGUGGGCUUGAUCUACGAAGAGAAGGAAGACUACCCUGCGGCCAUCGACUUCCUAGGCCGUGCACUUCAGCGUGACCCGAAGAACAUUCGCGUCAAGACUGAAGCAGCCUGGGUCAAGGCUCUAAAUGGUGACUUCGAUAGAGGCAGAGACGAGCUUGAAGACUGCUUAGCUCAGAUCAACAGUAAGGACCUUCGAAAUAAAGACUUGGUUGCUCAGACUCAAUAUCGUAUUGGAAUUUGUAUCUGGAAUAUCGAUACCUCAAAGGCCGCGCGGAAGGACAGGAACGGUGCUUAUGCCUAUUUCUUGGCUGCUCUGAAAAGCAAUCUGAACUAUGCACCUGCUUAUACCAGUCUUGGUAUCUUCUACGCCGAUUACCUGAAUGACAAGAAAAGAUCCCGAAAGUGUUUCCAGAAGGCAUUUGAACUUUCAGCCUCAGAAGUAGAGGCUGCUGAGCGACUUGCCAGAAUCUUCGCUGAGCAAGGGGAGUGGGAGCUUGUUGAGGUUGUGGCUCAGAGAGUAGUAGACUCUGGGAAGGUACGGCCAUCACCUGGUUCAAAGAAGAAGGGUAUCAGCUGGCCUUUUGCAGCUUUGGGAGUGGCGGAGCUAAACAAGCAAGACUAUGCCAGGAGUAUCGUCUCUUUCCAGUCCGCCCUCCGAAUCACACCUAAUGACUAUCAUUCCUGGGUUGGUCUUGGCGAGAGCUAUCACAACUCUGGUCGAUACAUUGCAGCCACCAAGGCAUUCCAGCACGCAGAAAAUUUUGAACACGAGGUUACGCAGCAAAACUCAGGUCAAACAUGGUUCGCGAAGCACAUGCUUGCGAAUGUCAAGCGAGAAUUGGGGGACUACGAUGAUGCUAUCGAAGGAUACAAAGCCGUACUCACAGACCGACCUGCCGAGUUUGGAGUUUCCAUUGCCCUGAUCCAGGCCCUCGUAGAGAGCGCAUGGGAUGGAAUCGAUAAAGGUUUGUUCGGAUACGCUGCCGGACGAGCAGCCGAGACGAUUGAUGCCGCUCUUGCACUUGCAUCGAGCAGAUCCGAUGCUUUUAAUCUUUGGAGGGCAGUAGGAGAUGCUUGUUCAGUCUUCUCCUGGAAUCAGAGUCGCAUGUCAGACUUUCCACAUGCGAAAAUGAAAGAACUCUUGAAAACUGGCCAUGCGAAAGAUGCCUAUGGUAUCUUUGCAGAUGUCGAUGGGGUUGGGAUCGAUGUGGUAUUUGCAGACGGACUCUACGCCAAGGAUGAGGUUGAAGGGCUGAACUUGACACGGUGCCUACACGCUUCGGUGCUUGCUCACAAGCGAGCAGUACAUGCCUCGGCCCAAGAUAUUCAUGCCCAGGCUGUUGCAUACUACAAUCUAGGUUGGGCAGAGCAUCGAACCCAUGUUUGUUUAUGUGCUGGUAUCAAGAAGCGAUCCACGCGGUAUCUCAAGGCUGCUGUGCUGUGCUUCAAAAGAGCCAUCGAGCUCGAAGCCGGUAAUUCUGAAUUCUGGAAUGCUCUCGGUGUUGUCACCAGCGAGCUGAAUCCCAGAGUCGCCCAGCAUUCUUUCAUCCGGAGCCUGUUCUUGAAUGAAAGAAGCUCACAGGCCUGGACGAAUCUCGGUACUCUGUAUCUGCUACAGAACGACUAUGAGUUGGCAAAUGAAGCUUUCACGCGAGCUCAGUCCACCGAUCCGGACUUUGCACAUGCCUGGAUUGGACAAGGCCUGCUAGCAUUGCUGCUCAGUGGCGAUAUUCAGGAAGCGAAUCUUCUUUUCACGCAUGCCAUGGAAAUUUCCGAGUCGUCUUCACUGAUCACUAAGAAGCAGUACUCGCAAUCUACGUUUGAUCAAUUAUUUUUAUCAAAAUCCUCUUCCAGCAUUACAGAUUUUGUUCAGCCAUUAUUCGCGCUCAAGCAGCUGCAGUCCAUGGACCCGAACGACGUUAUGUAUCAACAUCUUUCGACCCUCUUCCUAGAACGCAUAGGAGACCUCGAUCUGGCUCUGGAAGCACUCUCCAAAAUCUGCGCAACCGUCGAAGCCGACUACGAGGUCACGGAAUCAGUAGCUUCUCUAUCCCGUUUCGCCCUCGCCAAAGCAGACCUUGCUCGCUCCCAGCUAGCCGCCGGUUUGUACGAAGAAGCAAUCGAAAACGGCGAUACGGCACUGCAACUCAGCGACGAAGACGCCGGUAACGAGCUCACAGCCGAGUCCCGCCAACGCUGCAGGUUGUCCGCACAUCUCACUGUAGGCCUCGCCCAAUACUACUCCGAAGACCCCGAAGCCGCUCUCCAGUACUUUCUUCCUGCUCUCGAGGAGUCCAAUGGUAACCCUGAUGCUGUAUGCCUCCUCGCUCAAGUCCUCUGGGCCAAAGGCGACGAUGACUCGCGCGAAUCAGCACGAGACCACCUCUACACGUGCGUCGACACGCAUCCCGAACACGUCCAAUGCGUUUUACUUUUAGCACUCAUCGCGCUACUCGACAACAACGCUCUCCAGGAUGUCACAGUCCGCCUCCAAGACCUGCGCACAACGCACACAACCACCGACCUCGAACAAAGCCAAGUCUCUGAACUCUUGAGCGCUACCGCCGCCCUCUCCCAGAAAGAUACAGAGAAGGAGGUAUUGACGGAGAUCCAGACGGAUAUCCUCUUGCACCCCGGACAGCCUUAUGGAUGGAAUCGGCUGGCUGAGGUUGAGGGUGACGAGCACACGGCUGAUGUUGCGCUAAUGACAGCUACUAAGGGUGUACCUCCCAAGGGUGCGUUAAAUGCAGAGGAUUUGGCCUACACGUUUGCCGGGACGGGGAAGGUCGGAGAUGCGCAGAGGGCGAUUGUGGUUGCGCCGUGGAGUGCUGAGGGGUGGGAUAAGCUGGGUGCGGCGGCGGCUGGAAGGGGUUGA